AUGGCUUCACAAGCUCCCAACCAGCCGCGCCCUUACCCAGGCAACUACCUCCCUAAUGGCGGCGCUCCCGGCGGUCCCUCAGGCCCAGCGCCUGGAGCUGUCCCGCUGCUCCCCAACCAGGGCCGCGUGAUCCAGCAGGGAAGCGUUCGAGUGCUGUGCAUUGCAGAUGUCCGAGGAAACCUGCAAUCGCUAAACCAGCUCGCCGCCGACGCCCGCGCAAACUACAUCAUCCACACCGGCGACUUUGGCUUCUACGACGACCGCUCGCUCGAUCGCAUCGCCGAGAAGACUCUCAAGCACGUGGCACAAUACUCACCGCUGUUGUCAGAUGCAGUUAAGCGCUCUAUUGCCACAGCCCCUCCGCAACCGCCUAUCAAGGAGCGCUUCGCACGGGAGCACCUGCCACUCUCAGAACUGCCCCUCUUCCUCAACAAGACAUACACCCUGAACGUGCCAGUAUACACCGUGUGGGGUGCUUGCGAGGAUGUUCAGGUCCUGGAGAAGCUGCGAUCGGGCGAGUACAAGGUGGACAACCUGCACAUCAUCGAUGAGGCGCAUUCGCGGCUGCUCGAUGUAGGUGGCGUCAAGCUGCGCCUGCUCGGUCUCGGUGGCGCUGUCGUCAUGCACAAGCUCUUCGACAAUGGCGAGGGCAGGACGACCAUUGCAGGUGGACAGGGCACCAUGUGGACUACCCUGCUACAGAUGGGCGAACUGGUCGACACAGCCAACCGCGUAUACGACCCGACCGAAACCCGCAUAUUCGUCACCCACGCAUCUCCCGCUCGCGAAGGCCUGCUCAACCAACUGUCCGUGACGCUCAAGGCCGACUUCUCCGUCUCCGCUGGUCUGCAUUUCCGCUACGGUAGUUCUUACAACGAGUUCAGCGUUAACCCCACCCUCGACCAUUACCGCGGAAAGCUCGCUGCAUCCAAGGCCUCCUUCAACGAUGUUUGGGAUACAGUCAAGACUGAAGUCGAGCCCGCGGUCGCUGACAGCGAAUCUCAACAACGCCUGCUGGCACUGGCACUUGACAUAGUAAACAAGAUGCCAACCGUAGCCAACGGCGGCAACCCAUUCGGUGGCCCUGCUCCCGGUCCUCAGAGCGGCCAAAUCGACGAGAGCGCUUUCAAGAACAUGUGGAACUUCAACCUUGCGGAUGCUGCUUACGGUUGGCUCGUACUGGAUAUUGACAAUGGCAGAAUCGGUACUGAGAUGAGGGCCCAAGGUUUCAACUUCGCUCACCGAGGCGGAAAGGUUGCACCUGGCCAGACUCAGCCCGCAGCUGCGAACACUAGCACUGGUCCCCCAGCUGCCGUGAACCCCAGCCCCUCCGCGCAGCCAUCGCCUGCCCCAGGUCGUUCAGCCGGGCCACCAGCGAACGCUCCCCAGCAGCCCCGCCCUGCCGUUGCGACCCCACCGGUUCCUCAACAGCAGAAGCAGAAUGCCGGCCAGGCUGCACGGACCGGACCCUCGCCCGCCCCUGCUGCUGCACCCAAGGAGUCCGUCAAGGCCGCUACACCCCAGCCUCCAGCCAACAACACGGCCGCCGCUGAAAAGUCCAUUCCAAGCGAGGUCAAGCCCAAUGGCACCGGCGCGCCAGAGAAGGCUACAUCCCCAGCUCCCCGGGAACCCGUCGAGCGCAAGGAGAGCAAGGGUCUCUUUAUUGCCGGUGUAAAGGAUGAGGAAGAAGCCAAGGGUCUGCUCGCAGAGGAAGACAGGUCCAAGGUCGAGAAGAUGGAGAAGAUCAAGCACUUCUUCGUCGCCCACUUCGCCACCUCGCAGGACAUGCACGGUGCGCUUCGUCGCGUUGCGGACGAUGUCAGGAACGCUAGGGGCGGCCCAGACAACAAGACCGUCAAGGUGUACAACGAGCGCGGCCCUGGUCCCAACCAGCCUAGGUACGGAGCCGGCAGCUGGCAAGCCAGCACCCGUGGUGGCGUCUCCGGCGGCGGCUACCGAAGUGGAGGUGCCUCAGACAGCGAGGGUGGUCGCGGCGGUCGCGGAGGCCGUGGCGGUGCUUCUCGUGGUGGACGAGGUGGCGAGCGAGGCGCACGCGGAGGCCGCGGAGGAAGGGGAUCAUUCAGAGGUGGUGAAGGUGCUCCCGCAGCAUCAACAGGAGGCGAGUCAUAA